AUGAUGAGUUUGAUCUAUACUUGGAGGGCUUUGAUGGUAGCUCCCAGCACAGGUCGAAUACAGGAACUGGGCUUUAAAGUAUAUGAGAAGAUGCUUAAAAGAAAGUAUGCCAUGGAUAAGAAUACCAAGCAAAAUUUUGAAAACUACCGGAAGAAUGCUCUUAUGAUCCAUGAUCAGAGGAAUGGCGAAGAUUUCUUUUUGCCAAAGAAGUCAAGAGUGAGCCACUCCCAAUAUGCGAAGAUUGGAAGGGCCGUUGAAAGUAAAGAACAGAUAGUGUGUUGUAUGUUGUACUCUCCUUAA